AUGGCGACAAGUGCUCCCGAGAAUGCUUACGUACUGGAUACCGCUGCAAAGGCUGGGCAAGAGAGACUGAAUGCCCAGCAUAUGGUUCUGCAGAGUAUCCUCGACAACAGGUAUCUUGUAGCACCGUUGAAGUCGCCACCGAAGAUCUUGCUUGAGCUGGGCACGGGAACAGCACGAGUACACCCCGACUGCAGGGUCAUUGGUGUUGACAUUGUCGACGCCAUUGGCGAGAACCCCCCUCCAAACUUUGAGUUUAGAACUCUGGAUAUCACCAGCGAUGAUUGGGGCUUCACAGAGAAGUUUGACGUGAUUCACUCUCGGCUGCUGUGUACCGUGCAGAUGGACUGGCGAAAACUGGUCGCCAAGAUCUUCGACCACCUGAAACCGGGCGGCUAUGUCGAGAUGAAAGAAGUUCAGUUUCCCAUCCAGUGCGACGAUAACUCCUGGGAGACAAACGGGAUGAAAGAUUUCUACGUGUCGUGGGACCAGGGCAUAAAGAAAUUGGGACUCGACUGGUUUGUCACCCCGAAGCUGCCGGAUCUGCUCAAGAAUGGCGGAUUCCUCGACGUCGACAAGAUCAAAGUUAUGCUGCGCGCGGGUACAUGGGGAGACACGGACAAGGACAAGGAGGAUGGACGUCUGUUUGCAGUAGCUCAAUAUGUGCACCCCAUGCUCUUUCUGGUGCCGCUGACGAAGGGACUGGGAUGGACCGAGGAAGAAGCACAAGCGAAGGUGAAGGAGACAUAUGAAGGGCUUCUGACGGGCAAUAUGCACGUUUAUACCAACUUCUUCGCCAUGUGGGGGCGAAAGCCAGAAUGA